CUGGAUUGCGUGUGGAUAUGCUAACAUAUCCGGCGACUACUGUCAGGUUCUGGACACCUACGACACUUUUAAGACAUCCAUGGAUAACUUCCUGGCCUCCAGGGAUGAACUCUGUGGGAACACGGACAUGCGCAGUGAUUGUAGGAGCAUCCUGCACGAGUUUCCCGAAGCUGAGGACGGAGUUUACCGAAUCAAUCCGUCAGAUGGGAAGGGUUCAUUUCUGGCCUACUGUGACAUGACUCAACAUGGCGGAGGAUGGCUGGUGUUUCAAAGGCGACUUGACGGGUCAGAAGAUUUCUAUCGAACUUGGUUUGAAUACAUGGACGGAUUUGGAAACCUCACCCACGAAUUCUGGCUUGGAAAUGAGAAGAUACAUAGACUCACGAGUCAGAAAACCUAUGAACUUCGGAUCAACCUGGUGACCAAAUCGGAUAGUCACUUCGAUGCCGAGUACAAGAGUUUCCAUCUGGGCAGCAUGUCGGAGUUCUACACCCUGUUCAUAGGGAACUACUCAGGAACAGCUGGAGACAAAAUGUUGUACAGCAACAACACCCGAUUCUCCGCACGGAAUCUGGAUCUGGAUACGGCUAGCUUUAACUGUGCAGACAAGUAUAGAGGGGCGUGGUGGUACAAAAACUGCGUCGAAGCAGACCUCAAUUGUUUGUACAGCAAUCAAAUAUACUGGCAGGGAAUUUCAGGCAUAAAAUCUUCAUCCAUGAAGAUACGGCCUCUCAUCUGAAUAUGAUUCGUAUUCACACGUGUAACUUGUUCAUUCAUGUCAUGUGUUUGAAUGCUAAUGUUCCUCGCCUUCCUUUAUUAACACUGUUAAUCUAAGAGGUGUUAGCGUUUUCCGGAGAAUCUAACCACAAAGUUUUAUAUCAUAUACAUCUCCACGAUGAUUAGAUGAUAUCACGUUGUGUAUUUUGAGAUGAUUAAUGUCCUGUAUCAGAA